AUGCGAGGACAGACAUAAGAAACAACGAGAAUAAACUGGCUUUGGAGAUGGCCACCAACGCCCAGUGUGCUACACUUCUGAAAAGGAAACAGUCAACCAACAACAUCCGGAAACCCAGUGAUGCUGAGGAGUAUUUGGAUGAUGAGGACUCAGAUUGAGCCUGUCCCAGCCUGGUUUAAAUAUUUUCACCAUCAUCCUUUUUUUUUAUUUUGUUAUUUUUUUUUUUUGUAAAGGCAGAACUUUUGGAGUUUUAUUCCAGACCUAAAAUGGACUUGCUGGUAAUGUAACUCUAUUUUAGUUCAGAUAUUUUGUUCAAACUCUUUAGUUCUUGGUCCUUCACUUCCUGUCAGUGUGAAUUUCAAAGCGCUGAAAUGAUCUGAUUUAUUAUUAUUAUUUUUUUUACAGUUUGCCUGCUUUUCCAAGUGAACUUCUACGUGUAGGGGAUAGUCUUGGAGCACUGGGAGCACACACUGUGGGCUGAGGGUCAGAAAGUGUAAAUAUUGGAGGAAAAGAGACCAAAGUUCUCAAGACACAUUCCACACAGAUUAUAUUUAAACUGUUAGGACGGAGAAGCAGGUGAUGGUCUGUUUAAAGUUUCCCCUUUAAAUGCAAGUGAGAUGUUAUUUUGUUAAGUUUUGAACACUUAAAUUAAUUUGCGUAUUAAUGGGCUUAAUCAGGUGAACAGUUUUGAAUGGCAUAAAUCUAAUGGCUUAUGUUUUACAUCUUCUCUAAGAACAGAGCUGCUCUGUAAUCUCUUGAGCUUUUGAUAGGUUCAUUUCUAUCAUGGGAGUGAGUUUUUGCAGCUUUUCAAACAGAUUAUAAAAAGUGCCUUAAAUAUGUGCAGGAGAGCUUUUGUCUCGCUUUAACCCUGAUUUUGUCUCAGGGUUGACAAUUUCUUAACGAGUUAAAGAUUUCUGCUAUUUUCAAUCUGCAAUAAAGGUUUUAAAUUAUGGCUUUA